AUGGAUCCGCGCUUUGCCGUUAGCCGCGACGAACUCUAUGAUGUUCAGAUGGACUUAAAGCGCGUCCAUGUGACGCAGCAACAGCACUCUGACAGACUACGGGUACUGGAGAAGCGACAAGCCGACGAUGCUGCCUUGAAGUCAGUCUGGAACUCUCCCUUCCCCAGCGCCUUAGGGGGCACCCCCCAGCACGGGCCCUUGCACAUGCCAUCCACCGAGCAGUUUAGCGACUUUGACGAGCAGGGUCAGAUGUUGCUCGGCGCCCUACAGCUCGAGGCUGAGGACGAACCGAUACGAAGAGGGGCUGCCUCGAGGGCCAACAGUGUUCGGUUCGACGAGAGCGCCUUGCACGGUGCAAAUUGGGGUGCCCAAAGCGGCCGCCAGUCUGGCGACUUUGGUCCCAUCCGCCCCAGUAGUGGCAUGGGCGGCCACCAGCUUAUGGAGCGUUCGCUCUCUCACAAGUCCGACGGCAGGCACAGCUCGGCGGGCCAUUCGGUCCACUCGGUGCACUCUGCCGUGUCGGGGAGGGCUAGCAGUCUGGGCCUUGACACCAACUUCCUAAUUGGCGGCAACGAGGAUAAUUCCCCCCUAGACAUCCCGGAACCUCCUCCCAUGUUCUACGUUCUGGGCUCUGCCCCGUCUAUCAUACGGUGCUGGCUGACGACGGAGUGGACAUCAGGCGGGCUCCUGUAUGCCGUGGUCUGCACGGGGUCACAGAGGUCAACCGUUGAGUACUCGCUCCUUCGAGAUCUCGACCUGGUCGCCGGCAUCCACAAGGAUUCCGAUGGUACGCAGAAAAUUGAACUUUGCGUCUUCCUGGCCGAAGCGACUGUCACGCAGUCAAACUCGAGGUCCGCGAGCCCAAAUCGGUCCCUGCCCAGCAUUUCUGCCAUCUUUGAAGUAACGGGCACGGAGCAGCCCGAAACAGCAGAUGCUCGGAAGAGCAUACGCGUUUUCAUCGGAAGCCACACACUGAGGCUUCACAGCGCCGAUCUUUUACUUUCCCAAAACUCUAUGACGCUGUACGGCAACGACCGCGACAAACUCUCGGUGCCGUUUGUGCGGCCCGAGGAUGACGCCGCCUUCAAGUACCUGAUCACGACCAGUAUAGUACCGGGCAAGCUCCGACUGAAUGCCACGGCUCCAGAGUUCGUCUCAAGCGAGAAGGGUGGAAAGGGUUCGACUCGAGACACGGCAGGAUCUGUCCACUCGGAACCCAAGUCGUCGGAAAGCAGCUCCGAGGACGUGCUGUCGCCCACCACGGAGCGCCCUCGUCAGCCAGUGAAGGCGACAGCCAUAAGCAGUACUUCCGAGAGCGGAGGGGAGAGCGAGAUGCAGCCCUCGGAGCCGGCCGCGCCCGAGAACUUUGGCAGGGAGAGUUCUGGUUUGGUAAAUGGCGUCCGCCGUGGACCCAGUACUGCUAUCAAGACUCCGUGGCGGCAGACGGCGGCAGGCCUAAGCGGCGACAUUAGUAUUCGCGGAGAAAACACGCUCCUGAGUGGCUACCAACCGCCUGCCACGAGGCCGCGCAGCAUGAAGGUUCUCAGGCCAACUAAAUCUGCCAACCCGUCGUCAUUUGCUAAAAUAGGGGCGGCGUAUGAGCCUGCUCCGACGCAGCGGAACAGCAGUGAGAGCCGGCACAAGGGCCAGGUAGAGGGGGGCGGACAGCCCAAUAACGGCAGUGCCGGCAGUUGGUCGGCUCCCCGGCGCAGUCUGAGCACCAGCACCAGCGCUAUGCUCGGGAACGCCGGAAGUGGUGGGGAUAGCACCAAGCCGUCGCCGGCCAAGCUCCCCGAGGUGGGAACUCCGACUUCGGUCCUUCGUACCGCGAGCAAUCCGUUGGGAAGUGCGUCUGCAUUUUCCUGGAUAAAGCCCAAGACUCCAACAGCCGCGGCCGAGUGA